CAAAAAUGUAAACAUUCACCUGUAAAAAAAUGGAAAACGAUAAAUUCAAAGAGUCUUUUAAGUAUUUUAAAUCAAGAAAUCCACCGCCAGACCUUUCCUUAGCGAUCGACAUUGACGGAGAGAAACAUCAAAACGUUCUAUGCCGCUUAACCGUAAACACGUCCCUCUUAAGUCCUUCUUUAUCGUCAAUUUUGAAGUCCGAAUGGGACGUCUUUCAGUUCCAGCCUUGUCCGGGUCUCAUUCUCAUCAGAAAUCCUUUUACUCCGCUCGGUCAGAGAUAUUUUAUGGCAAGAUGUCUUCAGAAUUACCCAAUUAAAAAUCCCACAAAUUUACAGACGAAAAAUAUUUCUCUCGAAAAAUCGUCUUGGUGGGAGGAAUUACAAGAAAUUAAGGAUCCAGUUGCUCACAAGAAGCUCCGUGAAGAUCUCCGUUGGACCACACUUGGAUACCAUCAUGAUUGGGAAACGAAAGUUUAUGAUGAGAAAAUGCGAAAUGAAUUUCCGGCGGAUUUGGAAUUUUUAGUCAAGGAAAUUGCAAAAGUGAUGAAAUUUAAAGAAUAUCAACCGGAAGCAGCAAUUGUAAAUUAUUAUCCGUUAAAUGCAACGUUAGCUGGUCACGUGGAUUACAGCGAAAAAUGCAACGAACCUUUGUUUUCCAUUAGUUUGGGACAAUCUGCGUGUUUUUUGAUUGGCGGAGAGACGAAAGACAUUAAGCCUCAUCCGUUGUUGCUCCAAAGCGGAGACAUUUGUAUUUUUACGGAACAAUCGAGAUUCGCUUACCACGCAGUGCCAAAAAUAAUCAAAAUUGAAGAAAAAGUGUGGAAUGAAGACAAAAAUAAUGAAACUCAAAGUAAUUCGAUGAAUUUACCAGAAUAUUUUGAUACAAAAACUGUUGAAAUUGUUCAAAAUUCGGAACAAUGGAAGGCUUUUGACGAUUAUGUGUCGCUGUGUAGAAUAAAUAUAAACGUUAGACAAGUUUUUAAAGACGUUGACGAUCAAAAUUUUGUUAAUGAAAAUAAAAAGAUGAAAACUUGA